UAGGUGGGCUCCAUAGGGAGGCGGGCGAGCGCGGAGGCCGGAAGAGGAAGGGACUGGCCGGAAGUGGCAGUUUGUUUUGGUCUGUCGAGCUGUUGGUGGUCUGUGGCUGCCCGGCGGCGGUUCCAGCUCAGCAUGGUCUGCGAGAAGUGUGAGAAGAAACUUGGCACUGUGAUUACACCUGACACAUGGAAAGAUGGAGCAAGAAAUACUACAGAAAGUGGCGGACGAAAAUUAAAUGAAAAUAAGGCACUGACUUCAAAGAAAGCAAGGUUUGAUCCUUACGGGAAGAACAAAUUUGCAAUAUGCCGGAUUUGUAAGAGUUCGGUUCAUCAGCCAGGGUCUCACUACUGCCAGGGAUGUGCUUAUAAAAAAGGCAUAUGCUCAAUGUGUGGGAAAAAAGUCUUGGAUACCAAGAACUACAAACAAACAUCUGUCUAAUUAUGUUGCGUGAGAAUUUUAUGGAUUUGUUUCUGAAAAUCUUUGUACAGUUUAACUACUAUAACUUAUGAAUGUUAUUAGAGACUAAUAUAUGUCUGAAGAAAAAACUGAAAGACAUAUUAGACCAGAAGUCCAAGAGAUCUGACUUUUAUUAUUUUAGUACUAAACUUACUGAUGUUUAAAAAUAAUGGUUUUACAGACAUUGAUAUAGUACUAAAUUGUAAUGAGAUGUCUUAGUGUGCAAAUCAAUACUACCACCAUCAUAGCUCAUAUUAUCAGACUUUGUAUUUAUGCUAUUCCACUGUUAGGUUUUGACUUGACCACUUACAUAAUGGUGUAAACAUUUUGUAGAUGCUUAAAAUAUGAGAUCAUGUCAACUCGUUAAAGUUGUCCCAGUUUAGCUUUCAUUUACUUAAUUUUAUGUAUUUUUAAGUUUCUAUAUUAAAAAAUCAAUGGUUACUAUUUUGUCCUGCACAGAGGAAUGUUGCUGUGUAGGUAUAAAUAACACUUUACUCUUGUUGAGCCUUCUAAUUGGUUUCCUAACUGGGGUAAUAUUGGUCAAAUUACGACAAAUGAUUCUAAUACUAAAUAAUUUAAUAGUAACUUGUUGGGUUUAUUUUUUAACUGCCAAUGUACUUCAAUUAAUGUUACCUUUGCAACUGAGGCUUGAUAGUGGAAUGCUUUAGAAAUAUCAAGUCUCCUCUUUGAGAUGAGUUAUUACACCUAUUUUGCACGGGAAUGUCUACUUGUUCAAGACAAUAAAACAAAUAUAAUGCUA